AUGCUCAAAAGUGACCUGCAGGCGAAGGUUCGAAACGCUUUUAAUGAGUUGGAGAAUAACGUCCAACAGAUGUACGACGCUCAAAAGAAAGCUGAGCUCAAAAAUGUGCAAAAAUGUCUUGAAGUGCAAAUUCCGAUAAUCCAAGGUAUCAUUGAUCAAGAUGCUAAGACAGGCCGAAAAGGCCUGAUGAGCAGGUUGGGACGUUUUGCACUACUUCACCAUUCCGGUACAGAUCUGAGAGCAUAUUCCAGCAAGGUGAACAAUUUCUUUACCAACUUUUUCAACGAGUUGUCAGACCAGUCCGACGUCUCCACACUGACAAACUCACUCCCAUCACGUCAGCUCUCGAGACUCUACUUGAAGAAAUGUUUGACAAACUUCCACCGCGACGUCUCCGACAAAAUCGACGCGCUCAAAAAAGCACUCGACAACUUCACUCCGACAAAAUUCGCCGACGCCUCGCCCCUGCUCAACGUCAUAAAGCGCGGCGUCACGGACCUCCACGAGGAGCUACGCAAGCAGUACGUCAGCAGGUACAGCGGAGUACAGUUCGCUGGACAAUUAGUGAAACCUAAAGAAAAUUCCGAUACAAUACCAGUUAAAGCACCCAAACAAACUGACGACAAUAAUGAAUUGAAUGACGAAGGCCGCAAGGCCGCCAAAGUAUGUGUCACAAUCUUGCCCUCUGUAUAUGACCAUUUGUCCAAGUUGAAGGAAGACUGUGAACAUGGUUGGAAGCAAAACAAAAUUUGCCUGAUUUCCGGACGUAAUGAGCACAACAACUUGGGACAUUUCCUGAAGAACUGCGGUUAUGAAGUUACCAUAAAAGAAGAUUCCCAUGACGGCGAAUUGAAAUUCCCGUCCACCGGGUACAAGGGUGAGAAGAUCUACGACAAACUCAACGAUACAAUCUCAGAAGCCAACAGAAAUUUGCACCUUGCAACUUGUAGACCAAACAAGAAGCGAAAAGACUUCAAUGUCUUGGACAUCCUUAAAUGCGUUCACCAUCUUCGAUAA